AUGGUAAUACAACGUCACGACAACCCGAAGACAAGCAAUGGUGAGAAGAGCUCCCGUUCAAAUACGCGAGGGCGUGCCGGAAAGCCAUCAGGCCGCCGUUCAACACGAAAAAUUGUCGACAAAGAUGAAAAGAAGAAUGCUACGCAGGAAUACCCAUCUCAAAAGGAUGAGGAAGACAUUAUUUCAUCAUCAGCAGGUCGCCCCAGGAAGCGAGAAGAGACCGAACCAAUUCAGAUCGUCAGCCAUGUUGCAGAGGAGCUACAUUCAAGCGUCAGACAAGCCACAGGCGAUGAUGCUCCCUUGACAAAUUUGUCCACUACGAACGUUCACACCCUUUUGGAUUCACUAGAACACGCCUCAAAAGCUCAAUGGCCUUCGGAACAGUGGCAUGCAGAGGUACAGCCACUCAUAAUAAACCUGAGGACCGUGUUGUCUCGGCGGCACCCUACGGAUACGUCGACAGACCUUCCAGCCAUCCCCAGUCUUGAUCCCUUCAACGACACUCUCAAUUUCGCCUCCGAGGCACGCGUGAAACAAGAGGUCUUUGGCCUCAAUGACUCCCUUGAUAACCUUAUCAUGACUAUCCUCGAGGGAGCGGUACAAGUAAUUAAGCAAAGUCAAAUUAGGCUGAGGGCGCCUAGUUUUAAACAACAUCAAAAAGCGGUAGUAGCUCGACCCUCAGGCAAAAAAGAGUCACCACUGUUUAUUUGGCUCCAGACCGAAAGGCACACGGACGAAACACGAGGAUUCUUGCUGGACGCCCUGCUCCAUGGAAAAUUUGUCAAUUUGAUCUUUAAUGCUCUCUUCGAUUGUCACGUUGUUGGCAAUGCUUUUGAAAGUUCGGGAAUGCUGGAGAAUGUAUGGGAUACAGUGCGUCAACGAGAAUCAUGGAACGUUGCUCAGCGAUGGCGAGCAAUUACGUCGGCCGCGGCGUCACCCGCUGCUAUUCUUGGUCCUGACCUUUUUGGGGACUCUGUGACAAAAUGUUGCGCGUAUAUCGAAUUCGCGCUCAACGAGGCAUAUCUCAUGCCUGAAUCGCGGCAUGUUUUCAAACGAGUCGUUGAGGAGGCAGUCCCGGGGCUGCAUUCCUUAUUUGCCAAGGCCCAUUCACUGUCCUUGCAAAUUAGACAGGACAUCGUCACGUCUCGCCUGUCCAUAACAAGAGGAUACUCUCCGACGGACCCUCCUUCGAAAUUCGAUCUUCUGACAACGACAAGUGUUUGGGCAGACAUGGGGGCAACAAAGAAGGACGACGUUUUGGGAUCCUAUCGAUUCGGUCUCAUGCAGGAACACGAAAACGGGGAAACCACGAUUUUAAUUCAACCUGAGGUAGUAACAACAGCACUUCAUCGUCACCUCUUUCGUCGGCAACCGAAAGGUUGAAUAUUCAGAAUUCUAAUCGCCAAUACAGAAGGGUGCUAUCCAUGUCUGUACUUUACAAAAUGUUGGACCAGACGUCAAAAAGGGUUCUUUGGCUGUUUCAAAGGGCACAGGGCAAGUGAAGAGAUCUUUCGGAUAAGUAUCCUUGAACAAGGCAUCAAUUUUUUUCCGUCCUGAUUCUCUUCAUUUGUGUCCCUGUACACUUCUCUAAUGUAAGCAUUACGGAAUGAACCAAAAGAU